AUGGAGAUUGUGGAGCACUGCUGCGUCACCGUGGAGGGACAGAACAGUGCGGUCACGGAGAUGCAGAGGCGUUACAACAUGCUGGAUGAGGCCCGCGCACGAGAGGCCGAACGUGCUUCGAGGGCGGAAGCCGAGGCCGAGCGGGCCAGACUGGAAGCAGCGGCAGCUUUUGCCACGAUCGGUGCUACCAGCGAGGGUUGGCAGACCGUCAACUGA